AUGGAUGUGCGUUCACGUAAGGAGCCGACAAUUGGUGUGAGCCGAAAUCUAACCGAAGUGUUUACUUUACUUCGGUCAAAUGCUCAACAAAACAAGUAUAUCUAUAUGAACAGCACCAUGCCUAGCACAAAUAGGAGCAGAGACAUUGCCGAGGAGAAAAUGAGCCUAGUCAGCCUUGAAGAAGGUGGAGAUCAUUCCGAUGACUCACAGAGGCAACCGAUGUGGAUUCAUACCUGUGAUGAAGUAGAAUUCGAGUUUGGACGAGUUCGGAGUCGUGUCGAGGAGUUGGCCAAUGCGCAACAAAAACAUAUUUCACGACCAAAUUUUGGAGAUGAGGCCUUUGAAGCAGAAGAAAGGCGAAUGGAAAGCAUGACAGAACAAAUCACAUCAAUGCUGGCACAUUGUCAACGACUGAUCAAGUGGGUGUCAUUUUACCAUCUCGAAAUGAACGGGAGGCGCAUGAUCUCGUCACAAAAUCCUCGUCAGGAGAACAACUCAGAGAGGAAACUUCGCGAAAACACGGUUUCAGCUUUAAUCUUCACUCUCAGUCAGUUGACAAAUGAGUUCCGCACACGUCAGUCCAAAUACCUUAAAGAUAUUAAGAAUCGGACGAGCAAUGUUGACAACUUCCUGGUCACCACAGGGCAGUCUGAUGACUUACAGUGGGGCGAACUAGUUGACGUGACGCCUUCGCGAGAGUAUACCAUGGAUCAAAUCCAGCAAUUGAUGAUGAAUGAACAGGCAGUGAAGGAGAGAGAAAAAGAGGUACUGGUCGUCAAUUCAUCUAUUCGAGAAUUGAAUUCACUUUUUAAAGAUUUGUCAUCAAUGGUCGUAGACCAAGGCACUAUCCUCGAUCGGAUCGACUACAAUGUUGAGCAAGCCUCGAUUCGCGUCUCUCGCGCUGUGAGCAGUGUGCAAAAGGCAGAAAAACAUCAACGUAACGACAAGAAAAUGCACUGCAUUUUCUGCCAAACGGUAGCCAUCAUUGUGAUUCUCUUGCUAAUUAUUUUCACAAAACUUUGA